ACUGAUGAUCGCAGUUUCGAACUUAAGGCCGGGCCGAUAUGACAUUUGUCAGAAAAUGUGCAUUUACACAGAUUGUGUAGCGUCUGAAAAUGUAUUUAUUUUGUUUAUUUUGGAUCGUUUUUGGUUCGGCGAGACUCAGAACAGGUAGUUGAUUACUGGGGCCACUCGGUUGACAUUGAUUUACACUCGGGAUUUGAAGUGUGAAGAUGCGAUGGCCAUGGGGUAAAAGUGAGCAGACAGGAAAUGUUCAGAUGAUGCUUAGAUUACAGCCUGUUACUUAUCACCGUGAGAGACAAGUCCCUCCCCAUACUGCUAGGUGUCAGUCACGAAGGAAGCGCAGCUCGGUUCACUUUAGUUCAGCAUGUGGCAACACACUGUUCAUAUCCUAGCUUUGCUCAGCCUCUGGGUUUCUCUGAAGGAGAUUCAGGGUACUGAAGCCACUGGGAAGCCCUGUGCACAUGGUCACUUUUACCUUGAAUCCACAUGUGUACCCUGCUCAGGGUGCUCUGACAAUGAGGUGGUCAGAAAGCCCUGCUCGCAGACUGCAGACACCACAUGUGGGCCCUUCAAAGAGUUCAAGUUUUUCCAGCAUCAUUCAGAAGUUGGCGACAAACAUGGGAAAAGUUCACAGCCUGUGGCGGAGAAGACUGAGCUCCACCUGACAAUAUACAGCGAGGGUGCUGGCCACAGCCGUGGGAAUGUUGCCAUAAGGGAAACAGCGGAGAACCAACACUGGCGAACUGUUGCCUUUGCCCUGAUCGGGGCACUAAGUGCUCUUGUCUUCCUUGGUACUUUUGUUGUUCUGGUUACAUGUAAACGGAUAAACCAGUCCAGGACCCCACCUGUACAAAGGGCCACAGACGAUGAUGAUGCCGACUGUCCCUAUGUGGUUAUCCACACUAUUCGUCCCUCAGCUUCAGAUGAUGAAGUGACCUACCAGGUUCCCCCGGGGCCUAAUGCUCUACACCAAUUGGCCAGGCAGCGGCAACGGCUUUAUAAAUAUCACCCAAAACGACGACUCCUACAGGCCAAUGAGUAUGCUGAUGAAGUAUUUGAGAGUGAGGACAGUGCCGGCUCGCGGAGGAGAAUCUCUUUACAGGCUAUACCAGAGACAGAGCACUCAGAGAGUGAAGCAGAGUGCUCUCCACUGUCCUCCACAGCCUUGCCCCUACCUUCUCCUGACACUGCGGACAGCUUCAACUCACCAUCAUCGGCUGAUCUGGACCCUAUGAGUACAGACCCUGUCUCUCCUCGAGCUGACUCAGUGACAGCCUCACCCACUUCAGAGCAGUCUUCAGUCGUGGCAGACUCUGCUUCCCCCCAGUCCAGUAAACGAGGGGAGGAGGAAGAUGGCCCCCUGCCCGCAGAAACCAGAGCACUGCUUGUACAAGACACGCAACCCAUAGCUGUUUCAUGAGCACUCAGUUAUAUGUACAUGUGUAUUUUUUUUUUCUGUUUUAGUUUUUCUUUCUAUUUUGUUUGUAAUUUAAUGCCAGUAUCUUCAGCUACAGAUCUUUGAGAAAUCCAAUUUCUUUAACCCAUAAUUAUGUUACUGCAUUCAGUGUAAAACCCGAGUGUGAAGGCACUAUUCUUGUUUGUUUCCUAGUUAGUAUGGGUAGUACCAUGAACUUGAGCUGUUUAAAUUUUGCUGUUAACAUGCCACAUGUUAACUGUUGUGGAUGGACUCCUUCCCUAACACAGGAAUGAGGCAUGGACCUUGCCUUUACCAACAAUGCCAUACAACAAUUAGUGAUGUAAUAUAAUUAUGUAUUAGGGCUGUUCAUUGGUAGAACUUGAAUCUCUAGCAUGUAUUAUGUUAUUGUGUUUGACAUUGUAACAAUUAUGGUAUAUCACAUUUGUGCAAACGAGGAAGUUUGGUGUUUGAUGGCAUGACAAUAAAUGUUUUUAUGACUUAAACAGUUUUUGAUAUUUAAAAGCAGACUUUAUUUAAUUUGAUUAUAUUUAAUGGUUGUACCAAAGAUUUGGGGUAUACAUAUAUUUACAUAUAUAUGUGCCUUACAUGUGUGAUACAACAUGCACUAAACUUGCCAAUGUGACAGAGAAUAGCAUUUAAAUCCUCUGGUAGUUGAAUAUUUCAAUGCAUCAGUAUGGUUAAAGUGUACUAAGGUUUUUUGAGCACCCUUAAUGGGUCACUUGCGGCCAUUUGCCUUAUUAUCCUGUUGCAGGCUUGAAUCCAUUUAGUGAUGGAUUUGCAGCAGUCUGGACAUUUGUCAGGUACUUGGUGAAGGAAGAUUUUACUCCGGCUCUCCUAUUUAUUUCACCCAUCAACCCAGAUUAGGUAUUAAUAGUAUUAUUAAUAGUAUUUUCAUGCAAUCACAGGGUUCAGUUCUAAAAUACUUAGUGCCGUAGGGAAAGUCACCUAAGAAUGUCUUGAUUGAAGUCAUUUGUGGCAUACAUUGAUUGACAGGACCCUAGCCAGUUAGGCUUCUAAAUCUUCCACUGUGAAAAAUCUCCACAAUUUUGAAAGGGGCGUACGACUUCACUUCACUACACAUCAUGAAAGAACAAAAUUUUCAUGAUGAAUUCUGAUCUACCCUGUAUGCUGGUAAUAUAAGUGAAACGUGUGAACAAAACAAACAUUGUAUUUCACAAAAAGAUUGUACAGCAAUUUGACAGGUACAUGUUACUCAUUUGAUACACAUUAUACUGCAGAUUUGGUUAAAAUGGUGAUUGUGAACAUUUACCUCCUUAUGACUUCAUACAGUUGAUUUUUGUCACUGUUAUUAAGGCUAUGAAAAUGGAUGGAGCAGAAUCAAAAGUAUUACGGUGUACAACCGUUUUAGUCAUGCAGAUUAUAUUAACAAUCAGCUGAUCCAAACAGUUGUCUCCUAAUUUAAAGGGUUAUUUUAACUGGAAAGACAAACCCUGCAUUUUCGCAUGGUUAAAUUUGUGAAGUUAAAGAAGUUAAAAGCCACACUGUUUUGAGAUGUUGAACUGGACUCUGGGGGCAGUGCUGUGUCUGUAAUAGUUGUCAUCUUGUGUAAAUUAACCGCAUUUAAUUAGCUCUAAUGUUCAGCAUGUAAUGUCUUGAUUAUAUUUAUAGACACAUACAUUUAGUUCUUACUUAGAUUGCUUCAUUUAUACCUAUUGUAUACAAAACUCGACAUAUCAUUUUUUAUUAUGGCAAUGUUCAGGUAAUUACAGCCAUAUAGUGUAUUUCACCUGAAGUUUGGUAAGUAAAAUUGCACUUUCAGAAGACCAUAAAGGCCAUAUCAUGAUACUUUUGAUGCAAACAGUUACGUUUUUCGGAUUAGGAAUUCAUCAAACAAACACAAAACAACAACCCAACUGGUUUAAUAUGGUGGAUGAAUCAACCAGAAUGGAGUAAAAUGUAUCACUAGAAAAAGCUAAACUUCAGGUGAAAUACAGUAUUUUUAAUUGCAAUGGUGCAAUAAAAAUCAAAAACAUCUUUGUUUCAGUUGAUAACAGUGUAGUAAAGAGUAUUUGAUUCAAUGAAUAUUUUCCUGUUUAGCUUUUCAUAAAUAUUAUGAUUAAAAUAUUUUCACUGUA